AAUGUUUCACUAUUAUCAUGACCAACGGUUGCUCUUCUUUUUAUAACUUUUAAGAGUUUCAAUCUCAUACAAGAUCAUUCUCUCUUCUAUCUAUCUAUAUACUUCAGAAAAAAGAAUCAUGCGAAUUUUCCAUCAAAUUUUGCUGCUUUUAUGAAAAUUGAUCCGAAAUUCAGCAAUUAUACGGGUGAAAAUGGCGGGGGCCAAUGUGGAUCAAAACUUUAAUGAAACGAGCAAAGCGAGAUUGCUGCACAAUGGUUCAGAGUAUGGAUUGGAUGCUUCAUUUUACAUUGAAAAUGAAGGAUUUUGGCGUCGAUUACGCAAUCGAAUUAAUGAAUUUUGCAGUAAUGUUAAACAAGGUUCAUUCAAGGCAAUUGAGAUGGGUCGUAAGGAUCCAAGGAAAGUCAUUUUCGCUGCUAAGAUGGGUUCAGCACUUUCCCUCGUUUCGGUUCUCAUUUUCUUUAAAGAACCUCUAUCCUAUAUUGGUACAUACUCCAUUUGGGCCAUCCUCACCGUUGUCGUUGUAUUCGAGUUCAGCAUAGGUGCGACACUUAACAAAGGAUUCAACAGGGCUUUGGGGACAUUGUCUGCUGCAGGGCUAGCUUUGGGCAUUGCCGAAUUAUCUGUUAUGGCUGGAAAAUGGCAGGAGGUUGUGAUUGUCAUCAGCAUUUUUAUUGCAGGAUUUUGUGCAACUUAUUUGAAAUUGUAUCCUGCAAUGAAGCAAUAUGAAUAUGGAUUUCGAGUGUUCUUGUUGACAUAUUGUAUUGUGCUGGUAUCGGGAACUUCACAUUUUUUUCAAGCAGCUGUUUCCCGAUUGUUGCUAAUUGGGGUUGGUGCUGGCGUCUGUUUACUUAUAAACGUUGGCCUCUUCCCCAUUUGGGCUGGUGAAGAUUUGCACAAAUUGGUGGUAAAGAAUUUUAAGGGUGUUGCUACUUCUUUGGAAGGUUGUGUCAAUGGCUAUCUGCAAUGUCUUGAAUAUGAUAGGAUACCGUCAAAAAUUCUUCUUUACCAGGCCUCUGAUGAUCCUGUGUAUAGUGGAUACAGGGCCGCUAUGGAGUCCACAAGCCAAGAGGAUUCUCUGCUAGGUUUUGCUGUAUGGGAACCCCCUCAUGGCCGUUACAGGAUGUUCAAUUAUCCGUGGGCUGAAUAUGUUAAAGUCAGUGGUGCAUUGAGGCAUUGCGCUUUCAUGGUCAUGGCUAUGCAUAGCUGUAUUCUUUCGGAAAUACAGGCAGCGUCUGAAUUGAGGCAGGUCUUUUGCAAGGAGAUCCAGAGAGUUGGGAUUGAAGGAGCUAAAGUGAUACGACAUCUCGGAGACAAAGUAGAAAAGAUGGAGAAACUUAGCCCCGGGGACCUUCUUGAAGAAGUUCAUGAGGCUGCUGAGGAUCUACAACUGUUGAUUGACCAAAAAUCUUAUCUUUUGGUUCAUGUGGAGAACUGGGAAAAUGCAAAUCGACCUAAGCAGUUUGAAGAUCCUGAACAUCUUCAGGAACUGAAGGACAACGAACCUAAACGCUUGGCGGUUAACUCCCUUAGUGAAGCAACUCUCAAUUUAAGGUCUGCUCAUACAUUGAAAUACCUGGAUACUCAGAAUCCAAAUGCAAGUAUGAAUAUUUCUGCUUCACAAUUAUGUUCCUCCGGGAAUGUGUUCAAUCAGAUGGUGUGGCCUUCACGGCUUUCAAUUCUUGGAGAUGUGAUUAUAAAUGAACGUGAAGUACGUACAUAUGAAAGUGCAAGUGCAUUGUCGUUGUCGACUUUUACUUCCUUGUUAAUUGAGUUUGUUGCAAGGCUUCAAAAUCUUGUAAAUGCAUUUCAACAACUUAGUGAGAAGGCAAAAUUUAAGGAACCUGUAGAUGCAGAGGAGGCAACUAAUUUCUAGAGCUGGCUGCUCAAUUUCUCAUGCUUCAAGGAUUAAGUCAAUUUUUUUCCUAACGCUAGUCAUGAAGAUGCUAUCAGGCAACAACUCACUUAGGUAAAUAUAUACUCGGAAUGAAAAUUUCCUACGAAGCUGAAGGUACGUUUUACCUAAGAGAUGAUAACAAAGUAGUAAGAUAUAUAUCUAUGAGAUGUCAAGAAAAUGGAUUUUAGUUGUGCAGCAAGGUGAGGAAUUGCAGCGUUUGAGAUUACAGAAAGCUGACUUGCUCAGCUGAAAAAAGUGAAUUUGGGUUGAUAUGAUUAUAGUUGUAAUUCUGUAUUUGUAACCUCUUUUUCCAGAUGGCAAGGGGAAGAGUUGUUUCACAAAUAUUUUAUGUCCAGUUGGGAUAAUUUUUUGUAUCUGGUUAAAGCUGAUGGAUUUUGGCGAACAUUAUCUGGAAAAUGAAGCGUUGUUAUACAUGAAAUGUAGAUAUAGUUAUUUGU